UAAUUCCUUUCCCAAUAUGCAGUCUCCUUCCUUCUCUCCAUCAGAGAAAAGGCACAGCAGCCAUUGAAACGCACUGGGAAGACGAAGAAAAAUUAACCAAGUUGGGUCUUUUCCUUCGUCUUCUUCUCCAUUUUUAUCAUUUCAAGCAGUUUCAUUUACGCAUUGACCGUUUCUUUCUCUUCCCAUUUCUCUUUCACUUUGAAUGCGAAAUAUGACCCUUUAACUAUCGCCCUGUAUUUCAUUUUCAAGAAAAUCACAAAGAAAGCCCAUUCAUUUCUUUCUUGGCUUUUUGGAAGGGAACGCCAUAAAUGGUUCUCUUCCGAUUAAGCGCAGCCGUUUUAUUAAUUCUUGUUUCGCUUCUGUUACCGCCGUUUUGUCUGGGUAUCCGGUCGUUUCCGGCUAUAAUCGGCGGCGGUGGGGAUAGAUAUGGGUCGGGGCUCCACGGGUUCGACCAGUUCGAUGAGGCGCCGGACUACCGUAACGGAGCGGAGUGCCCCGUGUCGAGCAACAGGGAUUAUGUGUCGUCGUGUGACGCGUCGUUGGUACAUAUCGCGAUGACUUUGGACUCGGAGUAUUUACGUGGCUCCAUGGCAGCUGUUCACUCGGUUCUGCGACACGCCUCGUGCCCAGAGCACGUGUUCUUCCACUUCAUCUCGGCGGAAUUCGACCCGGCGAGCCCACGGCAAUUGACCCAACUCGUCCGAUCCACUUUCCCUUCGCUCAACUUCAAGGUCUAUAUCUUCCGCGAGGACACGGUGAUCAACCUCAUCUCCUCGUCGAUCCGGUUAGCCCUCGAGAAUCCGUUGAACUACGCGAGGAAUUACUUGGGUGACAUUCUGGAUCAGUGCGUGGACCGCGUCAUCUACCUGGACUCGGACGUCAUCGUCGUCGACGACAUUCACAGGCUCUGGAGCUCUAAGCUCACCGGCUCCCGGGUCAUCGGAGCGCCGGAGUACUGCCACGCAAACUUCACCAAGUACUUCACGGACUCGUUCUGGUCCGACCCGUUGCUCUCCCGGGUCUUCGCCUCCCGAAACCCGUGCUAUUUCAACACCGGCGUGAUGGUGAUGGACCUGGUGAGGUGGAGAGAAGGGAACUUUAGGAGGAGGAUCGAGAAUUGGAUGGAGUUGCAAAGGAAAAGAAGGAUCUACGAUCUGGGUUCGCUCCCACCGUUCUUGCUAGUGUUCGGCGGGAACGUGGAGCCCAUUGAUCACCGGUGGAACCAGCACGGUCUCGGCGGCGAUAAUGUCAAGGGUAGCUGUAGGUCUUUACACCCUGGCCCCGUCAGCUUGCUUCACUGGAGUGGGAAGGGCAAGCCCUGGGUUCGCCUAGAUGCCAAUAAAUCCUGCCCCCUCGACAUUGUUUGGAAGCCGUACGAUCUUUACAGGGCAAAGGAUCAGUCUUCUGGAUUCUCCUCCUCCUUGACGUCGCCUCCGGCAUUGGUUGGGUAUUCGGGUUACUAGUUCUGAUUCUUUGGUACAUUGUUCAGAGAAUUCUUUGUUAGCCGUGUACAGAUUGGUUUAGAGGGGCAAUCCUUUGGGGAAGGGGAUUGAUGGGUUUCCGUUGGUUUUUCCAAUUUUUUCUACAUUCUUUUUGGUUUCUUGUUUCCAUCUUUUGUACUUCUUGUUCUUACAUCUGAGAUUUCGAUUCCUUUCUUGUAGUUCCAUUUCUUUGGAACAAUUUUGGUGGGCUGAUUUCUCCGCAUGUAAAAUGUAAUGGGUCUUUGGAAUGAUACUUUGGGGCAGAACUCAGAAGAAAGAAUAAUUGGUUUUACAUAUUCACAAAAUACACAGCUGUUCUUCGUUCUUCGCUUCAAGUUUCCAUUUUGU